GCGGCAUGCAAUAAAGAAUGGAAAUUGAGAGUGAUCUUCCCCUGAUCUUUCAAAACAGGCGCCAUUUGUGUGAGACAUCAUGGAGAUCACCGACAGCAACAUGCUGGCCCUAGCUGGGUACCUCCAGCAAACCCUGUCACCUGAGAUGGAUACCCGAAAACAAGCUGAGAAGUUCCUUGAGUCUGUAGAGGUGAACGAGAACUACCCACUGCUGCUGCUGCAUCUGAUGGACAAGGCUGAAGUUGAGCCCAUUGUCAGAGUCAGUUCCGCAGUCACAUUCAAAAACUACAUCAAGAGGAACUGGAGAAUUACUGAUGAGGCCGGAGACAAAGUCCACACUGGUGACAGAACUGCCAUCAAGCAGCAUAUUGUCGGCCUCAUGCUCAAGAGUCCAGAACAGAUCCAAAAACAGCUAAGUGAUGCCAUCAGCAUCAUUGGACGAGAGGACUUCCCUGACAAGUGGCCGGACCUCAUCUCUGAGAUGGUCAGCAAGUUCCAGACCGGCGACUUCCAUGUCAUCAACGGGGUGCUCCGAACUGCACACUCUCUCUUCAAAAGAUAUCGGCAUGAAUUCAAAUCUCAGGAACUGUGGACAGAGAUCAAAUUUGUAUUGGAAAACUUUGCAUCCCCAUUUACAGAUCUGUUUAAAGCAACCAUGGAGUUAGCGAAGACCCACGCCUCAGACCCAUCUGCUCUCAAGGUCAUAUUCAGCUCCAUCCUCCUCAUCUGCAAGAUAUUCUACAGUCUCAACUUCCAGGACUUGCCGGAACACUUUGAGGACCACAUGGGUACCUGGAUGACCCACUUCAUGACCCUCCUCAGUGCAGACAACGAGCUGCUGCAGACAAAGGAUGAGGAAGAGGCGGGUUUGCUGGAGCAGGUCAAGUCCCAGGUGUGUGACAACGUGGCACUGUACGCACAGAAGUAUGACGAGGAGUUCUCCCUCCAUCUUCCACAGUUCGUCACCGCAACCUGGGGACUGCUGGUCACAACUGGUCAGCAGGUCAAGUACGAUCUGCUGGUGAGUAAUGCUAUCCAGUUUUUGGCCUCGGUGGCCGAGAGACCGUCCUACAAGAAUCUGUUUGAAGAUCCUGCCACACUGGCCCAAAUUUGUGAGAAGGUCAUUGUACCCAACAUCCAGCUGCGAGCUGCAGAUGAAGAAUUAUUUGAAGACAACCCUGAAGAAUACAUCAGACGAGAUAUUGAAGGAUCUGAUGUAGACACCAGGAGGAGAUCAGCCUGUGACUUGGUUCAGGCUCUCAGCAAAUCCUUCGAAGGUCCUGUGAUACAUAACUUUUCUACCUACGUCAGUGGUUUGCUUGAGGACUACAGAAAAAACCCAACAGCCAACUGGAAAAACAAAGAUGCUGCCAUAUAUCUAGUCACAUCUCUAGCCUCUAAAGGUCAAACACAAAAGCAAGGAGUAACACAGACAAGUGGUUUGGUCAACAUGACAGAAUUCUUUCAGAACCAAAUACUCCCCGACAUUCAUUCUGAAAAUUUGAAUGAAAUGCCAAUUCUAAAAGCUGAUGCAAUCAAAUAUUUGAUGGUGUUUCGGAGUCAGCUCCCAAGGGAAGCCCUGGUGUCCAGUCUGUCCCAUCUGACACGGUACCUGCAGGCAUCCAGCGUCGUCGUCCACACCUAUGCAGCUCACACCAUAGAGAGGCUGCUGAUGGUGCGCGUUGCCGGCGGAGCUGCUGCUAUCUCAGUGGCUGAUGUUCAGGCCCAGGCAAGUAACAUGCUCCCUGGUCUGUUUGCUGCCAUGGAGAUGCCGGGAUCUGUCGAGAACGAAUACAUUAUGAAAGCGAUCAUGAGAACGAUGUCUCUACUGCAAGAACAUAUUAUCCCCAUUAUACAAGAAGUGCUGAAGAGUCUCAAGAAUAAACUUACUUUGGUCUGCAAGAACCCCAGCAAGCCCCACUUCAACCACUACCUGUUUGAAUCUCUGUGUGUGGCCAUCAAGACCACAUGUAAACACCAGCCGGCAGCCAUCAACAGUUUCGAGGACACUUUGUUCCCUCAUUUCACUGAGAUCCUUCAGCAUGACAUUCAAGAAUUCAUGCCUUAUGUGUUCCAAAUCCUGUCCCUGUUGAUGGACCUGCACCAUGACGGUGUUCCCGAGACCUACAUGCAGCUGUUCCCCUUCCUUCUCACCCCUGUACUUUGGGAACGACCUGGGAACAUCCCUCCUCUUGUCCGUCUCCUCCAAGUUUUCAUAGAGAAGGCAGCCAAACAGAUCGAGCCAGAAAAACUGAAUGGUCUUUUAGGUAUAUUCCAGAAACUUAUUGCAUCCAAGACGAACGACCAUCAAGGAUUUUACCUUGUAAAUGCAAUCAUAGAGUUUAUGCCAUCGGACCUGGUGACUCAGUACAUCAAGCAGGUGUUCAUCCUGCUGUUUCAGAGACUCACAAGUUCCAAGACAACCAAAUAUAUCAAAAGUCUCCUUGUGUUCUUCUCCCUCUACUCCUUCAAGUUCUCGGCCACAUCAGUAGUGGAGAUGGUGGACAGCAUUCAGGCAAAGAUGUUCGGAAUGGUUUUGGAGAAGCUCUUCCUUCAGGAUCUACAGAAGAUCUCGGGGCACACGGAGAAGAGGAUCUGUGCAGUGGGGGUCACCAAGAUCUUGUGUGAGGUACCAUCCAUGCUGCAAGGUGACUACCUCCCUCUAUGGCCCAAGUUGCUGCAGGCUCUGGUCGGCCUGUUUGAGUUGCCAGAAGAUGACUCAGUCCCAGAUGAUGAACACUUCAUAGAAAUUGAGGAUGUCGCAGGUUACCAGACUGCAUACUCCCAACUGGCAUUUGCUGGGAAGAAGGAGCAUGACCCCCUAGGGGACAGCAUCCCCGACCCCAAGACGUUCCUGGCCCAGCACUUGCAGCAGCUUAGUGCUUCUAAUCCUGGCAUGAUAGCCAACAUGAUCAGCACUGGUCUCCAGCCUGAAGCCCAGAACUUCCUUCAGCAGUACCUCCAGGCCGCAGGAGUGUCACUGGCCUGAACUGUACACAUCUCUUUCACGGAACCACAGAUUAUGUCAGCUUCAGAAUGACUCACCACGUACUGGGGAUGUUGUGUUUGUUAAUAAUGAGGGAUAGUUUCCUGGUAGAUGUCAGCAGGCAUCGUCUUUCAGCACUGGAUAUGAAAUCGACCAUCCAAGUACUUCUGUCAGCGGAUGUGUGUAUUGUUUUUGUUGGAUUUGUUAGGUAUUGGCGAUCAAACCCAUCAGUGGAAACAGAUGUGGUCAAGGUCACUUCAGUUUAAUUGAUAACACCAUGAUACAACAGAAAUACUGUUCAAAGUGGAGUUAGCAAAACUCACUCACUCACGACACCCUGAUAUCAAGUCUGGUCAUACAGUGAAGAUAGGUCCCAAGCAGUUGAAAGUGUUCACUGGUGCAUGGAUUUUGUCACGAUAGAAAUGAUGGGGAAUACGCAUAUUCUUCGACCAUUAAAAAGACUUCACAUUUACAAGGCUAAAGAGGAGUGACAAAAUAAUACUGACAGAUAUUUGUGUUGGUUUUGUUGGACACAGUAUAUGAAAUGAGUGCAUACAUUAUUGUCAGUUCCAUUGUAAAUUUUGUGAAGAUGUCAAUGUGUUACUGAGUGUGCUAGACUAAAAGUGCUUGUAUAUUUCCUGCAAAAUGUGUAAAUAAAUUACAUGCUCAUUGUAA